UCCCCCUGCACGGCCACAGCCGUGCCCCCAGGAGCUGGCUGAGGACCCCAGACCCACGAGCUCUGUUUGCCCUGGACCCCACCCCCGUGGCCGGGGGGCUCCGGGCAGAGCGGGACCCCCGGACGGGCGCCCUGGUGGGAUUCAGAGAGGAGCUGCUCCCCUCCGUGGGGCUCUCGGCCUCCUCCUCCCCCUCCCUGCUGCGCCCCCCCGGCCCCCCCGGCGAGGGGCUGAGGGGAGGGGGCUGCAGUGUCCCCUUCUGGCCAGGGGGUGAGGACGAGCCCACCCUGGAGCAGCUCCGGACCCCCCAGCCCGGGGAGGGGGAGGAAGAGGAGGAGGAGGUGGAUUUUGAGACAGAGCUGCUGACGACCCCCCCCGGGAUGAAACGGGGGGUGCAGUUCCAGCCCCGAGCCUCGGGGGGGUCUCUGUCCCUGUCGGGGCUCCUGGAGACCCUCGAGCCCCUGGAGCUGGGGGGGGGUCCCGGCCCAGCCCGGGGGUCUCCCCCACCCCCCCCGGGAGGAAUUGGGGAGGGGUCUGCGCCCCCCCCGACCCCCCCGCGGCGCUCGGACAGCCUGGAGGAGCUGCUGGGGCAGAAUGGGGAGGGGUCUCCACCCCCGGUGCCCCCCCCGGAGCCCCCCGAGGAGGUUUGGGCCGAGCUCAUCGACGCCGCCACCCCCGUGGAGGGGUUUGAGGAGCUGCUGCCGGACCCCGCCCACAGGUGGCCGUUCAAGCCGGACCCGUUCCAGCAGCGCGCGGCGCUGUGCCUGGAGCGCGGUCACUCGCUGCUGGUGGCCGCUCACACCUCGGCCGGCAAAACCGCGGUGGCCGAGUACGCCAUCGCGCUGGCCCGGCGCCACAUGACACGGUCCAUCUACACCUCCCCCAUCAAGGCUUUGUCCAACCAGAAGUUUCGGGAUUUCCGCGACACCUUCGGGGACGUGGGGCUGCUGACGGGGGACGUGCAGCUGCGCCCCGAGGCCGCGUGCCUGGUGAUGACCACCGAGAUCCUCAGGUCGAUGCUGUACAACGGCUCCGACGCCAUCCGGGACCUGGAGUGGGUGAUCUUCGACGAGGUUCAUUACGUCAAUGAUGAUGAGAGGGGUGUGGUGUGGGAGGAGGUGCUGAUCCUGCUGCCCGAGCACGUGAAGCUGGUGCUGCUCAGCGCCACCGUCCCCAACGCCCUCGAGUUCGCCCAGUGGGUCGGUCGCACCAAGCGUCGCUGUGUCCGUGUUCUGAGCACCCCGCGCCGCCCGGUGCCGCUGGAGCAUUUCCUGUUCACCGGGAACAGCGCCCGGAACCGGCACCAGCUGUUCCAGCUGCUGGGCCCAGGGGGGGCCUUCAGCACCCAGGGGUACUAUGCAGCAGUGGAGGCCAAGAAGGAGCAGAGCAGCAAACACGCGCAGAGCUUCGGGGCACGGCAGCCCACCAUGGGAGCCCCCAACCCUGGGCAGGAGCGUGGUGUCUGGCUGUCCCUCCUGCAGACCCUCCGUGAGCGGGAGCUGCUCCCGGCCGUCACCUUCACCUUCUCCCGUGGCCGCUGCGAGGAGCAGGCGGCCGCCCUGGGCUCCCUGGAGCUGCUGAGCGGCGCCGAGCGCGCCCAGGUCCGGCUCUUCCUGACGCGCUGCCUGGCCCGGCUGCGCGGCUCCGACCGGCGCCUGCCACAGGUGCUGCAGCUGUCGGAGCUGCUGCAGCGCGGCAUCGGCGUCCACCACGGCGGGGUCCUGCCGCUGCUCAAGGAGGUGGUGGAGAUGCUCUUCAGCCAGGGGCUGGUGAAGGUGCUGUUUGCCACCGAGACCUUCGCCAUGGGGGUGAACAUGCCGGCCAGGACCGUCGUCUUCGACUCCAUCCGCAAACACGACGGGAAUGGCUUCCGGGAUCUCCUGCCCGGCGAGUACACGCAGAUGUCGGGGCGCGCCGGCCGCCGCGGGCUGGACGCCACCGGCACCGUCAUCAUCCUCUGCAAGGGAGCCGUGCCCGAGCUGUCGGAUCUGCACCGCAUGAUGCUGGGCCGUCCGUCCCCGCUGCAGUCGCGGUUCCGCCUGACGUACCCCAUGAUUCUGCUGCUGCUCCGCGCCCCCGCCCUGCGCCCCCACGACCUCAUGCGCCGCAGCUUCGCCGAGUUCCCGCUGCGCCGCGACGCCACGGCCCAGAGUCGCCGCGUGGCCGCCCUGCAGGAGGCUCUGGCCGCUCUGGGUGACCCCGAGGGGACAGAUGGGGACAGUGGGGACAUGGCAGACCUGCCCCAGUAUCACCGCGCCGUGCAGGGGCUGCGCCGCGCCCGCGCCGUGCUGCAGCGCUGCCUGGCCCAGGCGGGGGGACAGCGGCUGUUGGCUCCGGGCAGGGUGGUGGUGGUGAGCACGGCGAGACACCGCAACGCGCUGGGGCUGGUGCUGCAGGCGACCCCCGGGGGCUCCGGCCGCACUUGGACCGCGCUGGUGCUGAGCGAGAAGCCCCCCAAAAAUGGGGAGGAGCCCCCCAAAAGUGGGGAGGAGCCCCCCAAAAGUGGGGAGAAGCCCCCCAAAAUUGGGGACCCCCCCCAGGACGUGCCGUACCCCGAGGAUCUGCUGCUCACCCGCCUCUUCCUGCCCGAGGGUCUGCACCCCAAAACAUCUGGGGGGCUGCGCCCCGAGGACAUCGUGGGGGUCACGGCCAAGACCCUGAGGGUGAACCCCGAAAUUCUGCUGCAGGAACUGCGGCCCCCCAAGGGAGCCCGGCCCCGCUCUCCCCCCCCGGGCGGGGGUCUCAGCUCAGCCCUGCAGGAGCUGCUGAGGCUGGCGGGGGGCUCCUCCCGGGAUGGGGGGGGGGGUCUCCCCCUGCUGGAGGCUCUGGGGGUCUCGGGGGGCCGGGACCCCUCGGUGCUGGCGGCGGCGGCCGAGCUGAGGAGCCUGGGGGGGUACGCCCAGUUUGCGGCCAGGCAGGAGCUGCUGGAGCAGCUGGAGGAGCUCCAGUUCCAGCUGUCGGAUCAGUCCCUGCUGCUGCUGCCAGAGUAUCACCAGAGGCUGGAGGUUCUCACAGAGCUGGGGUACAUCUCGGGGGGCGCGGUGUCCCUGGGGGCCGCGUGGCCGUGUGUUCUCACAGAGCUGGGGUACAUCUCGGGGGGCGCGGUGUCGCUCGGGGGCCGCGUGGCCGCUCUGCUGAGCACGGAGCAGCUGGUGCUGACGGAGCUGCUGCUGGGGAACGUUCUCACAGAGCUGGGGUACAUCUCUGGGGGCGCGGUGUCCCUGGGGGGCCGCGUGGCCGCUCUCCUGAGCACGGAGCAGCUGGUGCUGACGGAGCUGCUGCUGGGGAACGUUCUCACAGAGCUGGGGUACAUCUCAGGGGGCGCGGUGUCCGUGGGGGGCCGCGUGGCCGUGUGUGACCCCAUGACCCCUGUUCUCACAGAGCUGGGGUACAUUUCUGGGGGCGCGGUGUCCCUGGGGGGCCGCGUGGCCGUCCUGUCCGAGCUGGGGUACAUUUCUGGGGGCGCGGUGUCCCUGGGGGGCCGCGUGGCCCUGUGUGACCCCGUGACCUCUGAUGACCCCUGUGUGACCCCCCCAGGUUCUCACAGAGCUGGGGUACAUCUCUGGGGGCGCGGUGUCCCUGGGGGGCCGCGUGGCCGCUCUGCUGAGCACGGAGCAGCUGGUGCUGACGGAGCUGCUGCUGGGGAACGUCCUGACCCCGCUCAGGCCCGAGGAGAGCGUGGCCCUGCUCUCCUGCCUGGUGACCCCCGGCCGCAGCGGGGACCCCCGGCCCGAGGGCUGCCCACGGCCCUGGAGGAGGCCCUGCAGCGCCUCCAGGCCGUUGCCGCCCGCGUCGGCCGCCUGGAGCAGCAGCACGGCCUCGGGCCCCGGCCCCGACGACUUCGUGGCCCAGUUCGGCUUCAGCCUGGUCCAGGUGUCUACGAGUGGGCCAGGGGCAUGCCGUUUGCGGCGAUCGCGCGCGGCGCGCCGGUGCAGGAGGGGACGGUGGUGCGGGCGAUCCAGCGCCUGGAGGAGCUGCUGCGGGAGCUGCGCCAGGCCGCGCGCGUCGUGGGCGACCCCGCCCUGGCCGCCAAGAUGGAGGCGGCCGCCGCCAUGAUCAAGCGCGACAUCGUCUUCGCCGCCAGCCUGUACACGCAAUAAAGGGACCUCACACCC